ACGAGACGGGACGGGACGGGACGGGACGGACAGGGCUCAGUAGGGUGGGCGCGGAGCCGGAGCGCGUUCCGUCGGUUCCCGGUACCGGGGGUGCGGGGCCCCACGGGAAGCCCCGGGGUGGACACCGGCCCCGAGCAGCCCCAGCCCGGCCCGGGGCGGCGGAGGAGGGACAGCAGGGGAGGAAGGGGACGGGGGCGCGGUGGGCGGCACGGGGCUCUUUGUCCCCUUAGGGCCGGUGCGCGCUUUCCCGAACCGAGCUCUGGUACCGGCGCUCGGAGCUUCGUGCUUGACCCGAGCGGUCCCGGGACUGCGGGCGGAACCCGCUCGACGGCGGCACCGCCCCAUCCGCCGUCUCUUCCUUCCUGACGCUUGGGCUGGACCUAGAGUUAGUCCCGGCUUUGCCCCGGCCCCGCAGCCGCGGCUCUGUCCGCGCCCCGCAGCGCUCGGGAGCCGCAGGAACCGAGGGAGCGCGGAGGGGCCGGGACCGCUCUGCCCAGCACGGCAGGGCCCGCACGAGGGACCCGCUCGGGCUCGCAGCAUGUCCCAGCCGCCCUCCAUCACCCUGCACGUCCCCGAGGGCACCGAGAGCGAUGGCCAGGAGCUCAGCCCGGACAACGAGAGAGCCCUGCACACCUCAUUCCACCAGCUCAUCCUGGAGCAGAGCAGCUUGAUCGAGGCAGGUCUGGAGCUGGAGUUGCAGGAGAGGAGCAGAGAGUCCCCAGCCUGCUUGGCUGCUCGAGAUGCCUGUGCAGUGGCCUGGCCAGAGCCCAGGCAAGGUGAGGAGCACCCCAGCUACUCCUCUGCCUCCCUGCAGAUCUUGGCCAGCAUGCCCAGCCGCACCAUCGGCCGCAGCCUCGGGGCCGUCAUCUCCCAGUACUGCAACCGCACGGCGCGGCUGCGGCGCCGCAGCAGCCGCCCUCCCCUGCAGCAGCUGUGCCGCGCGGCACGGCCCAGCCUGCGCCAGUACGGCCUGGACACCGACCCUGCCGGCGCCACGCUGCAAGAGAAGCGGCGCCUGCUGGUGAAGGAGCUGCUGAGCCUCUCGCCCAGCCAGUGCAGCCACAUGCUGCUCACCAUGCCCCUCAGCCUGGCGGAGAAACGCAUCCUGCGGCGGCAGCUGAGCGGGCAGAGGGGCCCCCUGGGGCAGCGUGCCCAGCACUGGGCCCCCUGCUCACCCUGUGGCUGGCCCAAGGUCUGCGUUGUCCUCGGCUGCCGAGGUCUCUGGUACAGGCUCCUGUCCCUGCUCCGCACUGCCCAGCCCUGGCACUAUGCCCUGAAGCAGAUUGGUGGCCGCUUCGGCUCCAGUGUCCUCUCCUACUUCCUCUUCCUCAAGACGCUCCUUAUGUUGAACUUCUUUUCCUUCUUCAUCCUCCUGGCCUUCGUGGUGGUCGUGCAGGCUGUGUACCCCUCUGCACCAGUCAGCCCCCAGCCCUUCACUGGCCUGGAGCUGCUCACAGGAGCGGGCUCCUUCACGCACUCGCUGCUGUACUACGGCUACUACAGCAACGUGACCCUAAACGACCCCUGCAGCUCCAGCCCUAAGGGCAGCGAGUGCCCCCUCACAGCCCCUCCGCUCCCCUACAACUUGCCACUGGCCUACCUCUUCAGUGUUGGGGUCUCCUUCCUUGUCACCUGCAUCCUGCUGGUGUACAGUGUGUCCCACUCUUUUCGGGAGAGCGUGGGAAGCUCCACGGGGGUCUUGGCCAUCAAAGUCUUCUGUGCCUGGGACUUCAAGGUGAUGCAGAAGCGCUCAGUGAAGCUGCAGUGCCAGAACAUCUGCACCCAGCUGAAGGAGCUGCUGGUGGAGCAGCGCUGCCGCUCCCGCUCCCAGAGCCGCCUCCAGUGCCUGGGCCACUGCCUGGUGGUGCUGCUGGCCUGGCUGCUGGCUCUGGGCUCGGCCUCGGGCUGCGUGCUGGCUCUGCACCGCUUCUCGGAGCACAUGCACACGGUUCAGCAGGAGCUACAGGCACAGGGCAGUGACAGAUGGCAGCAAGAAGCCGUUCUGCUGGUCCUGCCCCUUGUGGUGUCCCUCCUCAAUGCCUUGAUGCCCCACCUGUACAACCUGCUGGCCAUGUGGGAGAAGCAGGACUCCCCAGUGACACAGGUCUCCGUGGCAAUCGUCAGGAACCUCAUCCUGAAGAUGAUGGUUCUCAGCCUGCUGUGCUACCAGUGGCUCAGCCGGAGCGUUAUCUGCUCAACAGAGGAGUGCUGGGAGACAUGUGUGGGACAGGACCUUUAUCGCUUCACGGUGAUGGAUUUCAUAUUCACCUUGCUGGAUACACUCUUUGGGGAGCUGAUCUGGAGGCUAAUCCUGGAGAAGAGGCUGAAGACAAAGCAGAGGCCAGAGUUUGAUAUCGCCCGAAACGUGCUGGAGCUGAUGUAUGGGCAGACCCUGACCUGGCUGGGCAUUCUCUUCGCGCCACUUCUGCCAGCUGUGCAGAUGCUGAAGCUGCUGCUGCUCUUCUAUAUCAAAAAGACCAGCCUGAUGCGGAACUGCCAGUCCCCCAGCAAGCCCUGGCAAGCAUCACGCAUGAGCACCGUGUUCAUCACCCUGCUGUGCUUCCCCUCCUUCCUGGGUGCAGCUGCCUUCCUCUCCUACACCAUCUGGUCGGUGCAGCCAUCAGAAACCUGCGGUCCCUUCCGGGGGCUGGAAACCAUCUACAAGUCAGGGAAGAGGUGGGUGCUGGUGCUGGAGAAGUCCAACCCCAACAUCACCUGGUUUGCCUGGGUCUACCAGCAUCUCUUGGAGAACGCCGGCCUCCAGUUCUUCAUGUCUGUGGGCCUGAUAGCUGUGAUCUACUUCAACAUCCAGGUGGUAAGAGGCCGCCAGAAGGUCAUCUGCCUGCUGCAGGAGCAGAUUGCCAACGAAGGGCAAGAUAAGGUAUUUCUCAUCCAGAAGCUUCACUCUGUUUACGAGCAGAGACAGAGACGUUCCUGAGUGCCAGCUCCACAGGAAGGAACGGGAUGGAACAGACUCUGCUCGCAGCUGGGACUGAAUCUGUCCAUCACAGCACAGCGCUGGAAGCUGGGCAACCAUGGAGUGCUGGGGGAAGAUCCUCCCCUCUUGCCCAUGGCCAAGCACCCAUUGUGGCAUGUACUGGGAACGCUGUCUCAGGGAUGCAGGUGCUCCUGCUGCCUGGAGCUGCUGGGAUGCAGUGCUGCUGUCACACCCCAGGGCACAGCUCCACGCAGGACUGCCUCACCAGCACAGCUCUGCUCCUUGGGGGCUCACUACUUGCAGAGAACAGCCCUUCAGCUCUCCUCCUGCCAGUGUGCCCUGGGCUGUUUUCAGAAUCCUCUGGGGACCAUGGAGCUUUCUCCACAGCCACCUUCACACUGCCUAGGGACAGCAAGCGUGGAGGCAGGAGCUGCCAGGCACAGACCCAGCUCCAGCCCAGUGCCUGGCUCACCAGGAGAGCAACUGGCUGACUCCAGUCCCACAAACAAGGUCACUGGGCCUCCCCCAGCAGCCCACCACCCACUGGCUGGUGGGACAGACUUGGAAAAAUCACUGUGAUGCUGAGUGCUGGGCUGGGCAGGACUCUGGGCUCAAGCUGAGCUGGCACAUUAAAGCUCUGCUGUGCAGGAGU